AUGGCGUGCCAUCUUGGACCGCUCCAUCCCGGCCGAAGCCCCUUCUACACCCUGCCGGGCGGCGAGGUCAACUUUGCGCAGUGCUACGUCACCGAGGGGUUCCCCACGCAGCUCAACGACGGGGCCGACCUCAAGGUCUACAGCGACUUCCUCCAGAGCCCGCCGGGGCUCGUCGUGUCCAACGGCACCGUGCUCCGCUACGUCGACAUGCCGCCCGGCUCGCUGUGCCCCAUGCACGUUACUACCAGCCUGGACUACGGCAUCGUGCUCGAGGGCGAGAUCGACCUUGUCCUGGACUCGGGCGAGGAGCAGCACAUGAGCAGGGGAGACAUUUGCAUCCAGAGGGCGACGAUGCACGCGUGGAGGAACAGGAGCGACACCGAGUGGGCUCGCAUGCUGUACGUGCUCCAACCUACCCAGCCCGUCGUGCACAAGGGUAAGGAGGUCAAGGAGAACUUGGGCGAUAUGGAGGGCGUCAGGUCGUCCACUUGA